AAGCGACGAACAAAGCCUAGUGUAGCUGCUCUUCGCGAGAUUAGGAGAUACCAGAAGACGACCGAGCUGUUAAUACGUCGACUACUAUUCCAGAGGAUCUGUCGGGAAGUUACUAUAGAUAUCGCAAAUCAGGCUUAUACACCUCUUCGCAUUCAAGCAAGCGCUCUUGGCGUUCUUCAAGAAUAUGCUGAGUCUCUCUUAGUGAGAAUCUUCACCUCGGCCAACCUUUUGGCUAUCUACGCUAAGCGCGUUACACUCCAAGGCAAAGAUAUGGAGUGUCUUCGCUCGCUUCUCAAGGAGUGGGGU